AUGAAACUUCCCUCUUCCAGCCCCAGCCCUUUACUGCCUCGAUCCGUCGCCAUAGUCACCGAAAACAGCCACGAAACAGGCGGUGCUGGACAGUUUUUGACAGAAAUUCCAACCUUUCGUUCUUCGUCGUCCGGCCACCAAAUCGGACGAGUGAGGUUUCAGCAGAUUUUCGGGUCACUGUUUCGGCCACUUUCGGCCAGUUUUUGGGGUAUGUCCAAGAACAAAAGUUGUUCCAAAUGGAGUAUUUUACCUAAGUUAGGAGUUUGGGCCGGUGGUUUGGAGUUUUUCAGACUGCCAGGAAUUGAUCAAGCCACCCACGCGGUGCCGGCGCGUGGGCAGAUUGGUAGAGACCACUUUCAGUUCUAG